AUUCUAAACUCGGACUGCCGGGUAUGGAAGAAGUAAAAAAGUAUGGGAAAACUCUCGAAGAGAUCGAAGGAGGGUUGAUGUUCGAUGACUUUCCCGAAUCUCUGGUGGAUAGUGACGAGGAUCACAACAUUUUCGACGACGAGUUUGAUGCAGCCAACGAUGAAACAUUCGGUGGAGGCUUGGACAAUAUCGGCGAAAAUGCUGAGCUCGAGAACUAUGCGACACAGACUGCGAAGUUGAGGUUCGAUGAUCCUGUCUGGCAAAAACCCUCAUCUUCGGAUCACGUUGCUCCAAGCGCCUCUGAAAUUCCGAUUCCUUUUCCAAAUUUUGGAAAUGGUGAUGCCAGCGACUCGUUUAAAUCAAGCUUUGAAGCAGAAUCACCGUUUUUGAAAAAAUCGAUUUGGGGAAACGGGACCGAUGGAGCAUAUAACAUUUGGGGUACCAAUUUCGGAAUUUCUUCAGUACCUGCAGCUCCUACACUGGAUCUUGAUUUCGGUGCACUUUUACCAACUCCGACGAUUCAAGCAACAAAGGAAGUGAAAUCAUCUCAAAUACCUUCUAUGCCUAGUUCAGCUUUAACGCUUGAAGACUGCGAGAGAAUGCAGAUGGGAAACAAACCGGACUCGUUGGUAGACGCUUUCAAGGAUCUGCAACUUGGAAGCACUCCAGUACAACCCCAAUCCGCACAAUUCUCAAAGCAUCCUCUUGAAGCGAGAAUUGCUGCUCCUGGUACCCCGGCAACGGCAUCAAGCCAAGCUCUUCCCACUCUACCUACCGCAGCUCUUUCAUUAGAAGAACUCGAGCUACAAAUUAUGAAAGAAGCCCAAAUUUUGAAAGGCCGACAGCAAGUUCCGUCAGAUAUGCGAGAAGAUAACAAAUUCUCACAUCCACCUCCGGGAUUCAAUCAAAAUGUUCAACCUCGUAUGGAUCCGUCGUUGUCUCCAGGUGGUAUGCACGGUAUGCCUCCAUCGAUGGGAACAUCUAUGCCACAUAUGGGACCAAUGAUGCCACCACAAAACAUGCAGCUGCCGAGACUGCCGCCACUGAAUCCACAGUUUCUACCGUUGAUUCCUGUAUGGUUUAAUGCAAUCAUUAAUAACAUUCAGUUACCAAUGGGGGUUCCACCGCCGCCACCAUUUUUGUUUCAACUUUUGAAUCAUUAUCGCAAUCCUCAGCUCGUUCACGCUAUGAUCAUGCAGUCUUCGAUACCUCCAAAUAUUAGGCAAAAUGGUCCACAAUUCAGUCAUCCUUCUGGACCUCACAGUCCAGGAAACAGAGUUCAGCGUAAACAUUCUGGAAUGCCAUCUACACGGACAAUAUAUGAUCUUGCCCUUGAUUCUUUCGCUGGUUACAUGUCUUACAAGGAACGUGAAUGGCUCAUUAGAAUCCAAUUUAUUCAGUGUAAGGGUUCUGGUGAUCCGCAAGUCGAUGAUUAUUACUAUGUGACAUGGCGUGAUAAGCAAAUAGCGAACGGGUGGACUGCCGAAACCAAGUUGGAAGAAGCUACUAAAGAGAAGAAAGAAAAGUCGUCCGAGUCACAGAAGGAUUAUCUUGAACGUAUCAGUCGAAUGAAUUAUCGAGAGAUGCAGAAAGAGAGGGCUCGUGAACGUGACAAGGAACGACAAAGAGAACGUCAAGAACGAAUUGAUCGUGGAGAAGACAAAAAGUUGCGGCAGACACUUUCAGACAAAUUUGCAACAAGUUUGGGUUUGCCAUCAAAAUCUUCUACCCACAACCCGCGCCAUGUUCUCGAUAUGAAGGCUCAAGUAGAAAGCGUGGACAAUCAAACAAAGAAGUUGUCGGACGAAGAAAGAAAAAUCGCCGUUGCGAAGAAACUUCGUACGAUGCUUCUACGUUUAGAAGGAGCAUUGAACAUUCUGAUGGAGGUUGAUGAGCUUCGACGAUCAUCGCUGCCUGAAAAGUCGCAGUUUAAAGACUUGAGCAGCGAUGAGAAAGACCAAGAAGUUGAGAAGCGUACGACAGUUAUCAUCAACGAAUUAAUGGGGGAUGACUUGUCUAAACUCAUGCAAAUGUCCAAAGGAAGAGCAGUUAUUACGAGAACUCUUAAAGUUGUUGAACCAAGAGACCAAGCAAGAAUUAUUCUUGCAUUGAUGACGGCUGGUGGACUUGUGAGCAAGAAGAUGUAUGGAGAGAUCGUUCUGGACAUUCUCCCAGUUGUUUAUCAGAAAGUCUCAAAUCUUCAUCCCGACCAAUUCAAGUAUCUUGUUGGAGCUCUUAACUUGGAUACUCUCAAGAGGCAACUUUUGGAUAGUAACAUGUUCAUCAGGGACAUGAUGAUGACGUUGUUCUUUGUCAGUGUCAAGAAUAAUCAACAAUUGGUGGAGUGGGCCAAAGCUACGAAGUUCUCCAGCUUAAAAAUGCCUUCAAGUGCUCCACUCAGUAUCUGGAGAAAGGCUCUCAGCGUCAUUAGCGACAGCGAGAUCAAAGAAUUUGCCGAUGAUAUCAAGUACUCAGGAAUUGUCGAUUGCCAUGAUGUCGCUCAACUAAUCGAGCAAUCACUCUAAUUUAUUUUAAACAUCCUAACCAGAGAGAUGACCUUAUUGUGACAUUUUCCUCUCAACCCCUAAUUUUUUGCAUUUCCCAAAAUUGAACUCACCCCCAAUGAUCCCCCAUACGGCCCUACUGAAUCAUUCCGUCCGUUUAGUAUCACAUUAUCACUUUGUCUGUGAAACUUGAUGUUGGUUCUUGUCACAUGCUAACUUAUCCCAAGCUCGAUAUUCGAUAUCAUUAUAUAUUGCGUAAUAUACGUGUCUAAUAUUCUCUCCUAAUAUUACUUUAUUUAAUAUUGUAUUAGGUAAAAAACAUAUAUUGUAAUCCCACCUCACAAUUCUUAUUUUGCCAAAGAAAUAUUCAUAAAUAUUAUUAUUUA